AUGAGAUUAAACAACACAGAUGAUGCAGUCCAUUUGCUUGAUGAAAUUGAAGAAAGAAAUCUUCCCUCUUUCAAUGCUGCAAUUUCCGGGUUUUCUCGCAAUGGCCUGUUAGAACAUUCGAUUGCCAUUUUUCGACAAGCUUUAAUCGAAGGGAUCAGACCCAAUUCAGUUAGUGUAGCUGGUCUUUUACCUGCUUGUUCUAAGCUUCAUGGAAAGCUUAUUCAUGGCUUCUCUCUAAAAUCUGGCUUGAAUUAUGACAUUUUUGUAUCUACUGCUACUCUAACAAUGUAUGCUACAAACAGUGAUUUGGGCUCGGCGGAAAAAGUGUUUGGAUUGAUUCUAGAGAGAGAAAGGAAUGUCGUUUGUUACAAUGCAAUGAUAGCCACGUACCUGCAAAAUGGGGAUUUUGAUAGAGUGAUCAAAUUGUUUCGAGAGAUGCGAGAGAAACCCAAUUCAGUGACAUUCAUGACUGUUCUAUCGGCCUGUGCAGGAGCGUUGGCUCUGCAAUAUGGGAGAGAAAUUCAUUCUCUCUCUCUAAAAUUUGAAGGUGGUAACAGUGUCCUAACUGGGACAGCACUCAUAGACAUGUAUUCUAAAUGUGGGUUCAUAAACCAGGCUCAAGCAGUGUUCAAUACAAUGAGUGAGAGAAACACAGUCACAUGGAAUUCACUGAUAUCAGGGCUAAUACUCAAUGGCCAUCAUGAAGAAGCAAUGGACACUUUCUCUCUCAUGAAAACACAAGGAAUAAGGCUGGACUCGUCGACUUGGCUCGUUCUCAUCGGCGGGUUCUCUCGACAAAAGCUAGGCCAAGAGGCCCUGGACCUCUUUAGAGAGAUGCUAGCGAAAGGAGUGAAACCAUGCUUAAAAUCAAUCACAAGCCUCUUACAAGCAUGUUCUUCUCUCUCAAACCUUAGCCAUGGCAGAGAGAUCCAUGGCUAUACAGUGAGGUCUGGUUUAGACUCAGAUCACUUCCUCUUAACUGCCCUUGUUGAUAUGUACUCCAAAUGCGGGUCCAUGGACCGGGCGCAACGGGCCUUCAAUGAGGCCCAAUGGGCCCACGAUCCAGCCCCUUACAAUGCUAUGAUUGGUGGUUAUGGCAAGAAUGGACAAUUAGAUAUGGCCCUAAACAUCUAUAAUCAGAUGAUAGAGGAUGAUAUAAAACCAAAUUCAGCUACAAUAACCAGUGUUCUUUCAGUGUUUAACCAUGCGGGUGUGGUGGAUCAAGGGUGGAGAUUCUUCGAGGAGGUGAGGAGAGAGUACCAUGAGGAUCUGACCAUCGAUCACUAUGCUUGCAUGGCUGAUCUUCUUGGACGAGCAGGCAGGCUCGUGGAGGCUCGAGAGCUCAUAAGAGGCAUGCCUAUGAAGCCUUUGAACUCCAUGUUUGCUUCUCUUCUUGGGGCAUGCAGUCUUCAUUGUAAUGUUGAAAUAGGAGAAGAAAUGGCUGAUAUUUUGUUCGAAUUGGAGCCUGAGAACCCCGCGCCGGUUGUUGUUUUGUCAAAUAUAUAUGCGAAUUUGGGGAGGUGGGGGAGUGCAGAGAAUGCGAGGGAGAUGAUGAGAGAGAGAGGACUUAAGAAAGUCCCUGGUCGCAGUUGGAUAGGUUUGAAUUGUUAA